CCAUAAUCUAUUACAAAUCCAAACAUACAAAAUUAGGGUUUUGGUUUCCGUCUUCCUAUAAAUCUUGGCUGAGCGAAAUUACGGCUUCUUACUCUUCUUCCCCAUCUCAAAGAAAAAUCGUUUUUUUUGUUAUAGAAGAAGAUGGCAACAGUACCUGGUCCACUUGUUUGGGAGAUCGUGAAGAGGAACAACUCAUUUUUGGUUAAAGAGUUUGGAAAUAACACUCAGAGUGUUCAAUUCAGCAGAGAGCCAAACAAUCUCUACAACCUCAACUCCUUCAAAUACUCUGGUUUGGCCAACAAGAAAACAGUAACUGUUCAGGCUGCUGGUAAAGAUCAAUCUGUGUUGUUGGCAACCACCAAGCCAAGGAAGCAGAACAAGCCUGCAGCUUUGCUUCACAGAUCUGUGAUGAAGAAGGAGUUCAGGAGAAUGGCAAAGGCUGUGCAAAAUCAGGUGGCAGAUAACUACUACAGACCUGAUCUCAAGAAGGCUGCUCUUGCAAGGUUGAGCGUCGUCAACAGGAGCCUCAAAGUUGCAAAGUCUGGUGCAAAGAAGAGAAACAGACAUGCUUAAAGGAAGUGAACUGAUAAGAGAGAUAAAUUGCAUGCUACAUUUUCAUGGAUCAUGUUGUUUUCCCCCGUUUUGUAGUUUUUGUGUUCUAGAACUUGAUUCUAGUUUUUUGGAGUUCAGUUUGGUACAUUAUUUAUUCUAUUUUCAAUACAAGACUAAAAUGCCGUGUUA